GCGUUACGGUUCAGUUUUCUGGCUCAGGAAAAGAGAGAGAAAAUCCAGGAAAACCAUCAACGUAGAGAACUGCAACACAAAAGAAAAGAGAAUGAAGGGGAUUUCAUCUCAAUCCUCCAUGAACUACUCUAAUGAAGAUGACUACGAACUGCAAGAAGAAAAUGAAGGAUUGUUAAGGAGAGACGUAGGAGAAGGUGAUUACGCAAUUGACGACAGAGCAGAGAAGUUUCAGUGCAUGAGCCUUCACAAGCGAGACACCACAAAACGAGGUGAAGAGCUAUCUUUUCAGAAGAAUGGUCUGUGGAGGCAAGAACAGAAGGGCAGAGUUGCAAGGCUAGAGAAUUGGCUCAAGGUAAGGUGGGAACUUGAGGAGAUAAUUGAAGAACAACUGAACAGGUUCCAUGCCCACUACAACUUGGAUAUGGUCCCAACCCGGCUGAAGGGCGUUGCCCAAAUCCUCAUGCCCAGUUGGACUCCACCUGACGAGCUGGCCUCUAUAGCUUGGCUUGGUGAUUGGCGGCCCUCUGCCAUUCUGGAGCUCGUGCGUGGCUUGUCCCUCUCCUCCUCCUCCUCCUCAGCAUCAUCAUCAUCCUCUUCUUCAAACUCUAUUGGCACCGAACAGCUCUUAUCACAGCUCAUUUAUGAGAUUCGGAUUGAAGAGGCAAUACUUGAUGAGGAAAUGGCUGAAAUCCAAUCUACAUGUAUUCUUUACCUUCCAUUUGCUCCAACCAACAUCCAAUCAGGUGGAGCUGCCCUGGCUUGUGUUCAGUCUGAGUUCAAGAAGAUCGAAAGGGUGAUCACGAGAGCUCAACAACUCAGGUUCAAGGCACUGGAAUUGGUGUUGAAGAAGGUACUGAGUGAAACCGAUGCAGCAGAGUUCCUAGUGGCAUUUGAGGGAAUUCAAGACUCAAUUCACCAGUUUGCAACAAACCAGAGGUUCCAAAAGGGUCCAGUCACGUUGCCUGUCAAGGCCUUGGGGUCUAGCUGAAAACAUAGAAGUGUCAUGAAUUACUACCCAAAUCAGAAACAGUCAGUCAAGGCUUUGGGGCCUUUCCAACUUACCAUUUUUACUCAGCCUAUUUGUUGCUGAUGAUACCGUGUCAUAACGUCAGCUCUGACCGAGCCGCUGUGGAGGACAAUAUUGUGUUGUCUAACCGUUCUCAGCAAUUGAAAUCUGAGCAUGGAGUUGAUUGUGUAAAAGAAAAUAGUAAGGGGUCGAAUUUUGGUGAAUAAUAUAGUUCAGUAUUGUGAAUGCAGUUUAAUAAA